AUGCUAGGCAAUAUUCGUCGCCGAAAUCUUCUCAAAAUUAUCAGCUGUUGCAGUCAAGUUGAUUUCAAGGCCUUGGUACUGGACUACAUGCCUAAUGGGAGCCCUGAAAACUUGUUGCAUUCUCAGAACAUUCCUUUGAAUGUCCUUCAAAGGUUGAAUAUAAUGAUAGAUGUUGCAUCUGCACUCGAAUACGUUCAUCAUGGUUAUUCAAUACAUGUUGUUCACUGUGAUCUGAAGCCCAGCAAUAUACUACUAGAUGAUGAUAUGGGUGCACAUGUUGCUGAUUUUGGCAUUGCAAAACUCUUAGAUGGAAGAGAUUCUAUGGCUCAAACCAUGACUCUAGCCACCAUUGGUUACAUGGCUCUAAACUUGGGAAUGGAAGGAAUUGUUUCCAGAAGAGGGGAUGUGUACAGUUUCGGUAUUGUACUUAUGGAAACAUUCACAAAAAGGAAGCCUGCAGAUGAAAUGUUUGUGGAAGAAUCGAGUUUAAAGCAGUGGGUUGCAAAUUCUUUACAUCCAGAUAGAGUAGACUCUGAAGCUAUGGAUGCCGAUUUACUUGGAGCAGAAGAAGAUCAUCAUUUUGUAAGCAAGAGAGAUUGUUCAUCUUCCAUUAUGAGAUUAGCUCUAGCGUGUUCUGCAGAUUCACCAGAAGACAGGAUAAACAUGCAAGAUGCUCUAGUCGCACUCAACAAAAUCAAGAUCAAGUUCUUGAAGGACACUGAAAGCGAGUAG